AUGGCUUUCAACCGUCCCGGCAUCGCCUCCAUGUCCCUAGGCCGGCCCUGGGUGCACGACCUCCCAGGCAAACUGAUGCAAGCCGCGGCCCAUGGCUUCGAGGGCAUCGAGCUUUUCUUCGACGACUUGGACUGCUAUGCCCAGCGUGUUUUCGGCGGCGAUCACCUCGAGGCCGCAAAGUCAACACGGCGGAUGUGCGAGCGCCUCGGACUGACCAUCAUCUGCCUGCAGCCGUUUUCCAUGUACGAAGGUCUCAUCGACCGCGCCGAAUCAGACCGGCUCAUCAGCGAGAAGCUUCCUAAGUGGUUCAUCCUGGCGCGGGCGCUUGGCACAGACAUGAUUCAGGUUCCUUCCAACUUCCUCGGACCAGACCCCCAAACUGGUGCAGCUCGUACCACUGGUGAUCGCACUGUGAUUGUGCGUGAUCUCCAACGCCUAGCAGACCUUGGUGCCGGUGCCGGUUUCCGGUUUGUCUACGAGGCUCUUUGCUGGGGUGAUCACAUCGACACCUGGGAGGCCUCAUGGGAGGUCGUCCGUGAUGUCGACCGCCCCAACUUCGGUCUCUGCCUCGACUCAUUUAACAUCGCCGGUCGUGUAUAUGCCGACCCUGCGGCCCCCUCUGGUUGCACACCAAAUGCUGCGGCUGAUCUGGCUGCUUCAUUGGAACGUUUGCGUACUGCGAACAUCGAUCCCGCCAAGAUCUUCUACGUUCAACUCGUUGACGGCGAGCGUCUCUCCGCCCCUCUGGAUGAGAAGCACCCCUUCUACGUCGCUGGAAACCCUACACGCAUGAACUGGUCUCGCAACGCCCGUCUCUUCCCCUUCGAAGAGUCUCGUGGCGGGUAUCUCCCUAUUUUGGAUGUUGCUCGUGUCUUCUUCGAGGACCUUGGUUUCCGCGGCUGGGUUUCUCUUGAACUUUUCAGCCGAACUCUUGGUGAAACCGAUCCUUUUGUUCCUGCCGACCACGCCCGCCGUGGUAUCGACUCAUAUAACAAGAUGGCUCACGUUCUAGGCUGGGAAGAGCCUACCGAGAAACUCUCGGCUUGCAUCCCUGCGCCCGAGUCGCCUGUUCAACACCGCCUUUAA